UACUUACAUCAUUUUGUUUCCUGUUGAAUUAAUAUUAAUUAUACUGUAUCAGAAUCAGACUAGCUUUUAAUGCCAAAGUAAGUUUACAUGAGGAAUUUGCUGUGGCUUGCAGGGGCAAACCAACAAACAAUACUAAAAAUACUUAAGACGUAAUACAAAUAUAAAUAGAGUGUGAAUUUAUGGAAGUCCUAAAUAUUAUAAUUUUAUGAAGGAAAUAUGACUUAUUGGAAAACCCACAUUUUUAUUUUAUUUUACAUUUCUUUACAAGAGUCAAAGCGCCAUCCCACAACAACAACAACAACAACAACAGCAAUAAUAAUAAUAAUAAUAAUAACAAUCAUAAUCAUAAUAAUAGCGUCCAUGACAGAACUUUUAUUUUGAAUUAAUGGAGCUUCGCACUUCCGUCUACUAACCGUUACCCCACGAGAAGACGAACGUCGAUCGGUGGCCGCCGACGAAAGGACUUCGCGACGAAAUAAAGAAACACAACAACAAAAUGAACACUGUCGAGAAGAAACUGGCGGACCUGAUACGUGAACACCCGAAUCUGUACGACCAGUCGCGGCGGGACUACAAAGACAACAUGAAGGGCCAUUUAUCGUGGAAGGAAAUCGCUGAGAACAUGGGUAAGUCGGAGGAAGAGUUGAAGCUGAAAUGGAAAAAUCUACGCGACAAGUUCUGCAAAGCGAAGAAGCGAAUGGCCAAGAGAAACUUCAGUCUGCUGGCGGACGACGAGAACCCGGUGGAGAGGCCCAUUCCGGUGCUGUACAACCAGCUGGCCUGGCUCAGCGCCUAUGUCAAACCCAGACCAGGAACUGCCGUGGGGGAGACCGACGAGGGAGCUGGAAGUGGUGAUGACCUGGAGAAAGAGCAUGAUAAAGACGAGAAGCUUCCCCUGCCUGUUGUCAGUACGAGCUUUGCUCUCGUGGAGUCCUCUCCAAACAGCCACCAGGAGAUAGGAGUCCCACUUAAACGUAAAAGGCAAACCACCACAGACACUGAGAUAAGUCCCUCAGAUGGCCUCACCAGCCUCAGAGAUGAAGACGAACUGUUUCUGCUCAGCCUUCUGCCCUCACUGAAGAGGCUCACCAUUAAAAAGAGGAUGGAGGUGCGGAUGAAAUUCCAGCAAGUGCUUUAUGCUGCUGAGUUUCAGGACUAAAGGGUUCAUCAGAAGGCAAUAAAUUCAUCAAGCACUCAACAUGUAAAUACAUAUUUUUUAAUGAUUAUAACUUCUUAAUAUUUAUUUUUGGAAUAACCACUGCUAGUAAAACAUCAAUAUGAAGGGAGUUGUCUGUGUAUCAAGACUUUUGUCUGUUGGUUUGAAAACAGAAAGUGUCUCUCAUUUUGAAGGUAGAAGAGGAAAAUACCCUUAUUUUUAGAAUUGUUAGUUACACGUGUGCAGUGAAAUCAAAUACUAUCAAAAACAACAGUGCCAUAAUAACUGCUUCCUUUGACAGUUCAAUAUGUUCAUUAUACUCAUUUUUUGAGGCUGUAUGUUUUAGUGGUUUGUGUAAAACUGCAUCACGUUAAAAGAUGCAUGUGAUAUUCUGUCCACACAUCUUUAUGUAACUGGGGCUAGGUUUGACAAAACAUGUGAUGUGUAACCUGGUAACUCUGCUUAAUGAAAAAUAAGAAAAUCUGUUUGAGCCAUUAGUUUAGUAACUUUUCUGUUGAAAAGUUCUAUUUAUUUUUUACAUACAGAACGCUUAAAUGCCAAUUACACUUUAAAUCAAAACUUUUAACACUUAGUUUAUCACAGCUCAUUGUAUUAUAGUGUUGCCAGAUAAACACUGAUGUACCAACACACAUCACUUCAGUUCAUUCAUCAUUUGUUUUCUUUGACUUAGUUAAAAUUGGACACCUGAUGGGGAAUAAUUAUUCUGCUUGUCACCACUGCCUGCUUAUUAUUUUUGUAGAUCAGAAAGAACUCACUGAUUGUACAUAAAUAUGUCUCCUUUAUCUUUCGGAAAGGAGUUAUUUCUACCAUAUAUUUUUUCACAAAUAAAUAUUUUUAGCUCCUGAAAGACAA